AAAAUAUGAGCAAUGCUGUCUAAAAAGAAGCAAAAUUUUCAUCAAAAAUUAAAAUUAUUACCGCAUAAUGGUCUGCGUGGCACUGUUCCAAUGUUUUGGUUUUGAGGUUAUAAACUCGAUUUCGCAGUAAAAAUGGGAAGUUUUUAACAAUUUUUAGACUACGUUUGUGAAUUUCGUGAUUUUCGUGAUAGAAAUAACGGUGAUAUGAACUAGUUCGAGGUCUAGUUAGCUGGAUUCAAUAGCCGUACUGCGGUAAAUCCUCACAGAAGAAGAAGAAAAACUGUAAAACGGGGAAACCGAAAAGAAAAAUCUGCCCCGGAAAUGGCCACACCAAGGAUAAUGGUCUUCCGGCCGACGUGGGAGGAGUUCCAGGACUUUUCCGCGUAUAUCGAUUAUAUGGAAUCCAAAGGAGCACACAAGGCCGGACUAGUUAAGGUCGUACCGCCUCCGGAAUGGGUCCCGCGUAAACAGGGAUACGACGUGAAGGACAUCAACAUCACCAUUCGCACUCCGAUCUCACAGAUCGUAUCAGGCCGACAAGGCAUCUACCAACAGCUGAACAUCCAGAAACGGUCUCUUACCGUGCAGGAGUUUUACGAGAAGGCGAAACAGGAGCGCCACUGUACACCGAAGCACUUUGACUAUGCGGACAUAGAGAAGAAGUUUUGGAAGAACAUCACGUACGUUGCCCCGAUCUACGGUGCGGACGUCCCUGGGAGUAUCACUGAUCCGGAUGUGAAAGUGUGGAACAUCAACUGUCUCGGCACGAUCCUCGACUACGUGAACAUGGAUUACAACAUAUCGAUUGCCGGAGUUAACACGGCCUACCUGUACUUUGGAAUGUGGAAGACGACCUUUGCCUGGCAUACGGAGGACAUGGAUCUGUACUCCAUCAACUAUCUGCACUUCGGGGCACCAAAAACGUGGUACGCUAUCCCGCCCGAGCAUGGUCGGAAGCUGGAGAAGCUUGCGGAACGAUACUUUCCCGCUAACUAUCAGGAGUGCAAAGCUUUCCUGCGCCACAAAAUGACGCUUAUCAGCACGCAGGUACUGAAGGCAAAUGGGAUUCCGUUCAACAAAAUAACCCAAGAACCGGGAGAGAUCAUGAUCACGUUUCCGUACGGAUAUCAUGCGGGUUUUAACCAUGGUUUCAACUGCGCCGAGUCGACAAACUUCGCGACGGAACGUUGGAUCGAGUAUGGGAAGCGCGCAUCCGUAUGCUGCUGCCAGCCGGAUAUGGUAAAGAUAUCGAUGGAAACGUUCGUGCGUCGAUUUCAACCGGAACGGUACGAGCGGUGGCUCCGUGGAGAAGACUUUGGAUACCAUCCGGAGGAUCCAACGAAUUACUACGCAGCACCGAAACCAAUGUUACCGAAAAACUUUAAAAGCAAAUGCUUGGAGCCGACCUGUAGUAUUCCCCAGAAGCGGGGCUGUGCUCCAGUGAAGAUUGUGAAGAAGAAAAGCACAAAGAAGACUGGUGGUGAGAAGGCCAAAGAUAGACUGAAAUCCGUCUGGAGCAAACUGGAAGGCCGGGAGUGCGGUAUCGCUACCGAUCUACUGAUCGAUGGGCCCGUGCAGAACACUAACAAGAUACGGUUUCACACCCGGACGAUCGAGCUACUCACCGAUACACCCGUGUGUAGCGGGGGAGCAGUGGGUUAGACAGAUAAAGAUAAGAUAGAAAGAUACAGGAGCAAACGGGCAACUGUUCACCCUUUGUGCUGAACUUUGAGCAAUCAACUAGAUCCAGUCACUCCAGGAGAUCACCGGAUACCACCGGUAUAUGUGAAUUUGGUCUAAGGCAUAGCGGUAGAGUAGAAGCGGUUAGCUAGUAAAUGAUAUUGUUAGUACGUUUUCAUUAUGUGUAGGCCACCAGAGGUCCCCGUUGGUUUAGUAUUUGUUCGCCGUUCAAGCUCAAGCUAACGCAGAUCUCAAACCCCUUCAAAUGGGACACUCUCGGGCUAGAUUGUGAUUGGCUUGGCGAGCGUGCGGCAUUAGCCGGAGGUUUUGUGUUUUUUUGUGUGUUUUAUUUGUCCGCAGAUGCGAUAGGACGAUAUAGCAAAGAUUUUGCAUAAUUAACGCAACACUCCCUGUGUGUGAGACCGAGCAUCUGUGUGCGUGUAUUAAAGCUAGUAUGGAAGGUUUGCAGUAUGUUGAUUAACUUAUCCUUUACGUUUACGGUAUGCGACUUUAUUUAGUGAAAUACUCCGACCAGCCAUCUGGCGCAAAUAUAAUCGUAAUUUGUUCACAACCAUGUCUCAGUCUGCGAAUGUUUCUCGCUUCA